UCAAUACUUCGAUGCAAAUCAAAGAUUUUAAGCCUUUUUGAGAUUCAAAAUCACCGCAUUGGGAAAUCUGGAUCAUCAAAUUUUUAUAUUAGGAUAUAAUUAUCAAGUCGAUUGUUCCAUCGCCCGCGGCAAUUCAAAUGGUUCAACGCAAUCCUCCAUCUCUACAUUUCAUGAAUAUACCAAAUGAGAUAUUUCAUCUGUAAUGGACCCAUUUCAAGAAAAAGGGAAAAUUACUGUUCUUGUGAUUGAAUGAAUCAAUGGCGGCCAUGACUGCUCAUUAAGCUCCACUGGCUGUCUCAUUCUCUUGGAGCUCAAAAUUCUUAAGAUCCCAUGCUAAGAUAUGUCAAAUUCGCGGAAAUCGAUCUUCUUCUUCUUCAUCUUGUUCCAGUUCUGCAACAUCAACUCCAUAUCAUCCUCAGAGCUCCAGUUUCCAUGUAAUCCGUCUCUUAAUAGUCCUUAUCCCUUCUGCAACAAGUCCCUCUCCGUCACAGUCAGAGCUCAGUCCAUAGUCUCCUUGCUUACUCUCGAAGAAAAGAUCCAACAGCUCUCAAAUAACGCCUCAGCCAUUCCUCGGCUCGGCAUUCCUUCAUACGAGUGGUGGUCCGAGGGGCUCCACGGCGUAGCCACCAACGGUCCCGGUGUGUCCUUCGUCGGCCCCAUAAGUUCGGCCACGACCUUUCCACAAGUCCUCGUCACUGCCGCUUCAUUUAACAGGACUCUAUGGUACUUAAUUGGGUCGGCGAUCGGAGUCGAGGCUAGAGCAAUGUUCAAUGUUGGGCAAUGUGGGUUAACCAUUUGGGCCCCUAACAUCAACAUUUUUAGGGAUCCCAGAUGGGGAAGAGGCCAGGAGACUCCCGGUGAAGACCCUAUGGUCGCCUCGGCUUAUUCGAUUGAGUUUGUGAGAGGCCUUCAGAGCGGGAAUUGGAGGAGAGAACGUGAAAUUGGUCCAAUGGAGGAAGAUGAUGGGAUGGAAAGCUUAAUGGUCUCCGCUUGCUGCAAGCAUCUUACUGCUUACGACUUGGAGAAAUGGAAGAAUUUCACUAGGUAUACCUUCAAUUCUGUGGUAACAGAGCAAGACCUUGUGGAUACAUAUCAACCACCAUUCCGAAGCUGUGUUCAACAAGGAAAGGCUAGCUGUUUGAUGUGUUCUUACAAUGCGGUUAAUGGGGUGCCUGCAUGUGCGAAGCCCGAGCUUCUUCAGAAAGCUCGAACUGACUGGGGCUUCAAAGGGUACAUCACCUCAGACUGUGAUGCAGUAGCUACUGUUUUUGAAUAUCAAAAUUACACCACCAACCGUGAGGAUGCUAUAGCUGAUGUUCUCAAAGCAGGAAUGGAUAUCAACUGUGGGACAUUCAUGCUUCGGAAUACUAAAUCCGCGGUCGAUCAGAGGAAGGUGAAAGAAGAAGAGAUAGAUCGUGCUCUCCUCAAUCUUUUCUCGGUUCGAAUCCGUCUUGGUCUGUUUGAUGGGGAUCCAAGAGAGGGGAAGUUUGGGGAGCUGGGAGCACAAAAUGUUUGCACUGAACAACACAAAACUCUGGCUCUUGAAGCUGCAAGGCAAGGAAUUGUGCUCUUGAAGAAUGAAAAUAGAUUUCUUCCAUUGAAUAAGAAUGCCAUUUCUUCGUUAGCUGUUAUUGGAUCUUUGGCUAACAAUGUGAGCAAUUUGCUUGGAGAUUAUGUAGGAGUUCCCUGCAGCCCAAUGAGUCCUCUUGAGGGAUUUCAAGAAUAUGUUGAAACGAUAUUCUUCGCAUCGGGUUGCCUCGACGUGUCUUGUGCAUCAGAUGAUGGAUUCGAUGAAGCAAUUCUUAUAGCCAAAAGAGCUGAUUUUGUAAUUGUAGUGGCUGGACUUGAUUUAUCUCAAGAACACGAAGAUCUAGACCGAGUUAGUCUUGUACUACCCGGUAAACAAAUGACCCUCAUAUCUUCCUUGGCAUCGGUAAGUAAGAAACCGAUCAUUCUCGUGCUCACCGGUGGCGGGCCACUCGAUAUAUCUUUAGCUAAAAAGGACUCAGGAGUUGCAAGCAUUCUUUGGAUCGGGUACCCCGGCGAAUCCGGUGGAAAAGCUCUAGCUGAAGUCAUCUUUGGAGACUACAACCCAGGUGGACGAUUGCCUAUAACAUGGUAUCCACAGUCAUUCACCAAUGUUCCUAUGAACGAUAUGCACAUGAGAGCCGACCCAUCUCGUGGUUACCCCGGUAGAACAUAUCGAUUCUACACAGGAGAUAGAGUAUAUGGAUUCGGACAAGGCUUGAGUUAUACAAGUUUCAAGUAUAAGUUGUUAUCAGCACCACAGAAGUUGAGUCUUUUAGGGAAUUUUAAGGCAAAGUCUAGCAAAAAGAUAGUAUCUCAUGUGAGUUAUAUGGAAGUUGAGGACGUAGAAUCCUGUGAUUUGCUGAGAUUCUACGUUAAGUUAUCAGUGGCCAACAUUGGUGAGUUUGAUGGGAGCCAUGUGGUGAUGCUGUUCUCUGAGUUUCCAAAGGUCUUGAGAGGCAGUCCUCAACGGCAGCUGAUUGGCUUUGAGCGCUUGCAUGUAGAGAGACAGCAAGCAGCUGAAAGCAGCAUAUUGGUGGAUCCUUGUAACCAUAUUAGUAUGGCUGAUGAAUAUGGAAAAAGAGUGAUGCCUCUUGGUGAUCAUAUAAUAAGCUUGGGAGAUUUAGAGCAUGUUCUUUCAAUUCAGGUCUUGUAAGUUCAUUUGUUGCUUUGUAAUCGUCUUACUAAAUUUACCUCAAUUGUGACAAUAUUAUUGUAAUAGCUC